GUUCGCAAAAUUUUGUCCGGACAAAACAAAUAAGGUUUAUAUUAAAUACGAAACUCAUGGAACUUUGGCCUUGCGUCAGUGGCUCUUGUUUACUCUUCGUGGAGCAAGCUCAGCUGAUCAGCAGGUGGAGGGGAAACGCUAGAUUGGCCAGGUGCUGCCUUCGAGUCACGCGCACUAAAAAGUUUGCUGACCAACAGCGAGUUUCCCUUCGCGAAAAAAACAAAAUGGUGCAAGCCUGGUACAUGGACAGCGACACAACGACCGACCAACGCGAAGAGCAUCAGCUGGACCCUCCCUUGCCGGUCUCGAUAGACGAAGUUCGCGACAAGUCGGGAGUGCUCUACUGGAAGCUGAACGCCGACACUUACGAGCAGGAUGGGGAACUUGAAAAGAUACGCAAGGACAGGGGCUACUCGUACACGGACGUGAUCGAGAUCUCGAGGGACAAGUUGCCAAACUAUGAGGACAAGAUUAAGACAUUCUUCCAAGAACACCUACACUCGGAUGAAGAGAUCCGGUUCAUCUUGGCUGGGAGCGGCUACUUUGACGUGCGCGAUUGCGAAGACAAGUGGAUCCGGAUUCAGGUGACCAGGGGAGACUUGCUCGUCUUGCCAGCCGGAAUCUACCACCGGUUCACGCUGGACAAGCAGAACUACAUCAAGGCAAUGCGGCUUUUUGUUGGCGAGCCGGUGUGGACGCCCAUCAACCGCCCGGCCGACGAACAUCCUGCAAGGUUCCAGUAUAUCGAGAGCCUUCGCCAGGGCAUCACGGCUUGAGGAUUUUGAACGGGUGCCACUCGCAGCCAUUCACGCGCAACCAGGCACACGGUCAAACCUCCGCCGCUACGUCGACCCAUUCGUACGUAUGUAAGCGCUCUGCCCAGAGCCCACGGAGCCGUAGACUUCCAUUUCUCGUGCAAGAAAUUUUUGGCAGGACCGAAGGACUUACGGGGCAUUAGUGGAGAAACGGUGUGCUUAACCGUGAGAAUGGCUGCACGUGUCUGAACUCGAGGCUACUUUGUGAUUAAGAGGUGGUGGUAGCGGUACUCCUUUUUCCGACCUUUCUCCACACUGUUGUGUUUUGGCAGCCAGGUCUGUUGUUCCAUUUCUGGCAUGGUUGUGAACAGACGGUCGUGCCCAUUCUUGCAGCAUCGUGCUUUCACACGGAGCUGUCAGAACAUGAAUGCACGGUCGUUUAUUUGUCGCUGCGUAAAAAGCCCACAGUGCCUGGUGACGAAAUUUAAGGCGGUGGAGGCAGGUCAGAAAAAAAUUUGGAUGGAGGUACCGUUAUGUAAUCAAGAGAAUUAUGCAAUGUUUGUUUUGCUUGUGCCGGUUUUUCUGCCAAUUUACCGCAACAGUCUUCAAUGCCCUUGAGGGCUCAUUGUCGGCCAGGAAUUGUUUAUUUUUUUUUCUCUAGAUAUCGACUUGUUGAAAGACCUGUAUUUUAUCUCUAUUAUAGAUGAUCUAUGUACGACUUUAAAUUUUAUAUUGUUGUUUGAAAGGGUUUCCACCCUUUUUUAUAUACAAUUCAUGCUACUUAAAAGUUUGUUAUUUUUGUGAAAAAGGAAUUUCAAUAAAAAAUAUUACUAUCA